AUAAGGAUCCGGCAGAAUGGGAUGACGGUGAAUCCUGCUGGUGUGCUGUGAAUGUGAAGCAGGACGGACUGGCAGUUUGUGUGCAGGAGGGAAAAGCAAUCGGUCCAGGGCCCCUGGAUUAGCAGAAUAAGGAAAGGAAAGGAGAGAAGGAAAAUAUAGCUGACAAAAUUAGGCAUAGAUCUCCAGCACAGUUUCAAGGGGUAAAGCCUGCCUGCCUGGACUUUAAAGAAGCACCCACACGGCCACAGAGGCAUCCUCCAGGACUGGCAACAGCACCGUUCAGUUUCCCCUCAGCGCUGCAAAGAUGAAUUUCCUCCGGCGGCGUCUCUCAGACAGCAGCUUCGUGGCAAACCUGCCCAACGGGUACAUGAUGGACUUGCAGCGCCCCGACAGCUCCACGAGCUCCCCGGUGUCUCCUGCCACGGAGAGGAAGCACCUGCAGCCGCCGCAGCCCUCGCACUCCUCCUCCACGGGCAGCAGCAUCUUCAGCUCCAUCUCCAGCGCCAUGAAACAAACCACGCAGGCGGCUGCGGGCCUGAUGGAGCACUCGGCCGGGCCCGCGCCCCCCGCGGCACCGAAACCCAAGGUCCUCCUGGUGAUCGAUGACGCGCACACGGACUGGGCCAAGUAUUUCCAGGGGAAGAAGGUGAAUGGAGAAUUUGAUAUCCGAGUGGAACAGGCUGAGUUCUCCGAGUUGAACCUGGCUGCUUACGUCAUGGGUGGCUGCAUGGUGGACAUGCAGGUCAUGAGGAACGGCACCAAGGUGGUCAGGUCCUUCAAGCCGGAUUUUGUGCUGAUCCGCCAGCACGCCUACAGCAUGGCCCUGGGGGAGGACUUCCGCAGCCUCAUCAUCGGCCUGCAGUACGGCGGCGUCCACACGGUCAACUCCCUCCACUCCAUCUACAACUUCUGCAGCAAGCCCUGGGUGUUCUCUCAGCUCAUUAAAAUCUUCAACUCGCUGGGCCCUGAGAAGUUCCCCCUGGUGGAGCAAACAUUCUUCCCAAGCCAUAAGCAGAUGCUCACAACUCCAAAUUUUCCUGUAGUGGUCAAGCUGGGACAUGCUCAUGCUGGAAUGGGGAAGGUCAAAGUUGAGAACCAGCACGACUUCCGGGACGUGGCCAGCAUAGUAGCCAUGGCAAAAACCUAUGCCACCACCGAGCCAUUCAUUGACUCCAAAUACGACAUCCGAAUCCAGAAAAUUGGCAGCAACUACAAGGCUUACAUGAGGACUUCCAUCUCUGGAAACUGGAAGGCAAACACAGGUUCUGCGAUGCUAGAACAGAUUGCAAUGACAGAGAGGUACCGACUCUGGGCAGAUGCCUGCGCAGAAAUGUUUGGAGGUCUGGAUAUCUGUGCUGUCAAAGCUGUUCACAGCAAAGAUGGAAAAGACUAUAUCAUUGAGGUGAUGGACAGCUCAAUGCCCCUGAUUGGGGAGCACAUAGAAGAGGACAGACAACUUAUAGCUGAUCUGGUUGUUUCCAAAAUGACUCAGCUUGUCGCCACUUCUGGAUCUACACCAUCACCACUGAGGCCUUGGCCUCCACAAGCUCAGCCUGUGUCAAUGAAAUCUCAGACUGGACCUCCACUUGGACAACUGUCACAACCACGGCCUCCUCCACAAGGUGGACCACGCCAGCCACAAGGAUCUCAGCCUCCCCGAACAAACGCACCCCCACAGCAGCGGCUGUCUCCUCAAGGACAGCAGCCCCAGAGUCCCCAGUCCACUUCCCCUCAGCAGCAAAGGUCACCUGGAUCUCCACAGCAAAUCCGAUCAGCAACUGGCUCCUCUCCAGUGCAGGCCUCCAAGGCAGGCGCGUUCCCUCCACAGCAGCCUCGGCCUCCUGCCCAAGGCCGGGCUCCCAGCCAGCCGAGCCCCACGGAAAUGUCCAAGCAGCAAACCACCCCACACCCACACCUGAACAAAUCGCAGUCCCUGACAAACAACUUCAGCAUACCUGAGUCAUCUCAGCGAGGAAAUGCCACUGAAGAUGAAGCAAAAGCUGAGACCAUCCGCAACCUGAGGAAAUCAUUUGCUAGCCUGUUUUCUGAUUAACAGUCCUGCAGCUGGAUCUGUGCUUUUGUCAGCCCUCAUUCUACAUUAUGUCGUACCUGAUGUCAUCCUGGAAUACACUCAGUGAACCCAGCGAUUUACAACUAACACCUGGGUAAAGGGAAUUUAGAGAACUAUAGUUGUUUUAAUACAAAGAAAAUAUUCAAAUAAUGAUCUGAAAAGUGACUGUAUAAAAGUGUCAGUAUUUCAUUGGGUUUUGUGCAUAAUCAGAAUAAUAUCUGUUCUAAGUUGUAAAGCAAAUUUUACUCUUGCUAACCCCUGUGGAGUCAACACAGUUAUGACAGUGCAAACUAGGUUUUAUUUUAAUUUGUAUAUAGUCAAUACAAUUAAAUUCCAAUUAUUGAAUUCUUGUUAAGAUCAAGCUAAAAAAAAUUAGGCUUCUUUCAGAAACACCCAUGCAAAGGCAGAGUCAAGAAUAAGUAUCCAUUGAACAACAAAGUGAGCAUGCUUGAGCAUCCAGUGAACUGUGGAAUUUCAUUACAGCAACUUCAUAAAAGGUCACUUUUCAGAGAAAAACUACGUUCAAGAUAAAGACGGUACCAGGCAUCAGUAAGCACCAAAGAUCACAAAAGCAGGUCAGCCAGAUGGUCUGCUGCUUUAUUCCAGAUCAUUCUGCUCAUAGCAGAUAAAACAUCUCUGUUUCAUGCCUUGCAUUUAUGUCCCCUGCGUGUGACUCCCGAGGUCUGAGAGAAAAAUGUCAUGUUCUAACCCUGUAGCCUUAGUUCAAAAAUAACCUAAGAAAUGUGUCUUCCAUACAAAAAAACAACUUCUUCCCCUGCCCCUGAAAACACCAGAGUUCACACUCACAGUUCACACAAAUUCCAGACAAAACCCAGCUAAACUCCAAGCACUUUGGUGACUUGGUCACAUCUGGCUGUGUAUGUCCCUCAGGAACAUGCUUAAUUAAUAGCAGAUCUGAUGAAGUGCACAUAGUUGCGUGCUGAGUGUUCCAUAAUACUGAAUGGACAGAGAGAUGGAGUGAAAUCCUGUCUCCCGCCUUGAAUUCCCACUGACUUUGCUGGGGUGAAUGCAAAAUGAAUGCAAGGUGACAAACUUGCAAUAGAACUGGAAAAUUACAUUUCACAAAUAAGAUGACCUGGGUCCUUCCUGAGAUACCAAACCACAGAAGGGCACAUAUGGGAUUGUCCCAAGCAGUAACAAUCAGUAUUAGUUCUCCCUGACCAUUCCCAAGAAUUAUGCUUCCAGAGAAGACAGAGAUGGAUCUUUGCUGAUGUGCUUUUCCUCUAAUCCUGCAACACUGAAAGAAGCUGUGUGUGUCUGUGCACAUAGACUGGAACUGGGACAUGACAAACCCCACACAAGCUGUGUUCAUGAUUGAGAAAACUCAUCCUAGGUAAAUCCAUAAAUUUCUAGCUAUUUAUACCAGCUGAGAUCCUACCCCUUGCACCCUGGGAGGUCUGUUAGGAACACACCUAAUGCAGGUGCCAGUCCUCAUCUCACCUCCUCGACAUGCAGCUUUGAGGCCAGACUUGGCUUUGUGCUUCCCUUGGCAACUUCACCAUGAUGAUACUUAAGAAUGCCCAGGGAUGUCAGUAAGUCAAAAAAAUAUUUGAGCCAAUGGCCCAGAUCUUUGCUGUCACUUAAACAAGGAGAUCCCCAAAGCAGCAAAAGCAACAUCUGCAUUAGCCAUCUUGGAUCUUAUGAUUCACUGGUGGGACUAAAGCCAAACAAGGAAAUCCUUCCUGCAUAGCACCUGUAAUGAACAUCUAAAUCCAAUGAAGUCAUCUGGACCUUGUAUGACCUACCCCUGAGCAGGCCUUUGCACAUAUAAUGACAAAUAGCAGCUUUUCCAGAUUGGAAGUCCCUCAAGAGACUCAUCUGGAUCAAUGACUGAUACCUCGAGUUCGGUAUUACAGAAUCAUCUUCUUCUCUGAUGGUUUGUCUUCUGUUUUGCUUUCCUCACCUCUGUGCUGUCCUUCAGGGUUUGAUAAGCAGUUUACCAUGUAGUAUCAUAAAUAUAUGUCAUCAUCUGAGAAAAAAAAAAACAGUCCCUGCUGUGUUGUCUCCAGGAGCAAUAAAAGAGUGAGAAAUGGCCUUGAGCAAGCAGUGUCCCACUGGCAAGAGAAGUAGAUUAACAGGCUUCACUAUCUGUAGAAGAGGAUUUCCUUCUGUAACACUUCUCUCAGCAUGGUUUAUGCCUUUGCCUUCUGAAUGGCCACCAGAGAUGCAGAGACAGAAAGUUUACUGAGAGAAUCCUCAAUUGCUUUAUCCCCUGAAAUUCCAUUAUUCCCUCAUCAAUAGGCCAUAUACAAAAAAGGAAUGGUGACUAGUAUGACAUGGUCCCAUAAAUCAACAGCAGUUCAUCACUGAAAGUGCAACAGCUGGGUCAUUUGCUGAGGCUGCAUUUGAACACAGCAGGGCUAUCCUCUGACAGACCACAGGAACAGGACAGUACUGUCAGAUUUCAUUCCCAGUAGUGACUCAAUCUCUUCAUUUGCCUACAGCUCCCAGCUGUCGCCUUUUGAGGCACAAGCAAACAGAAUUGCAUCUCACUGCCUAGCUUUAAGUUGUAACAUCAAGUACAAACAACAGGCACUCUCAGCUUAAUUUAGUUAGUCCAUGGUUCCUGAAAAAGCACCUUCAGUUCUAUUCACAGAAGUGCUUUAAAGCAGUGAGUUGAUUUCUAAAGCUAGAAUGAUGAAAAUCUGCUGUGUCCUGUAACUGUCCCAACAGUACACUUCCCAUCUACAGUUAUGAUGCUCACAUACUAGAUGUGCUAACAGGAGAUUCACAAAUGCAUCAUCCCAUCUUCAAAUUAUCACCUUUGAUGCUGGCUUUCUACUCCAAAAUCUCUACCCUCUAGAAAAAGAGAAGAGGGAAUACAAGGGGUAUUCUUCUUUUAUAUGAAUGGGAAACAAAGGUACACCCAAGAGGCAUUUAGGUACCUAAAUAUAACAGUAGGGCAAUAAGAAAACAACAGAAAAACUGGUAAAGAGAAGCUACAUUUAAAUCACAAGCCACACAGCACACUGUGGGAUCUUUCUCACACAGAUGUGAACACUGAGAACGUGGUCAAAGCUUCUUUUGUCCUAUUCGCUUUAAGUUUCUUCACAUGGAAGCCAGGAAACAUGAAUAGGUUUGUGUGUUUGGGUCCAGCCCAUGAAGUAGCUGGGACACAGCUAUGACACCCAACCAUAUCCACCACCUGGAAAAUUAGUUUACAUUUUGCUGUUUAGCUACAAACUGAAGAACACUUUGACUUUCUUGUCAUAGCUAGGUGUGGUAUUUCAAGAGAAAUGGAACACACAUUCCCAGGCAAGCUAAGGUUCAGCAGAACAGCAGUCCUGCUUAAAAAAUACCACUUCUAAAUGCAGUGGUAUUUUAUAGUCUUCCACUAAUCACAAGCAGGUAGGUAAGACCUUGUGUACGACUCAUAGGCCUUGUGUAUGGCUCAGCCGCUUCAUCUGGUUGGCCUGAAGUUUCAUUAUUAAGAUAAUACAUAGAAAAGCCAAGGAUAAUAGUUCCUUAUUUCCAAGUGACUCAGUAGCAACCUUUACAGUGCAAGAUACUGAUUAGUACAGGUAAGGAAUGCUCAUCUUAAGGCAUUGCAUCUUUUGUGAUUUCUCUUUUAUCAUUUGCAAAAGCAAUGAUAUACACACAACUUAGGAGCUGGGAAAUAGAAAAAAAAAAAAAA